UGUGUGACACAAUAAGUGUCAAUGACAAAGACAACACAACAAACCAUUCAAUACUAAGAGAAAGGACGCGGAUGAUCUAGGUGUGCAUACAAAUCAUGACUUCGAUCUAUCCCAAGUUCUACUUUGUAAGGGACUUUCGAAUAUUUUUAUGUUUUAUCGGAGUUAUCCUGUCUUUUUAUGCGCUUUAUGUGGAAUUAAAGAAGAAAAAUGAUAAGUCAUUCACGGCUUUAUGCGACAUCAACUCCAAAAUGAGCUGUUCUAAAGUGUUUUCCUCCAAAUAUGGUACUGGAUUUGGACUAGUUGAGCCAUUGUUUGGAAAAGACUCGAUGUUCAAUGUUCCCAACAGUAUUUAUGGAAUUACCUUCUAUGCAUUGAUAUUCAUUCUUGGAUUUUUUAAUGGAAAAACAAUUGCUUGGUUGUCAACAGCAUCAUGUGGCCUUUCAUGCAUUGGUUGUGUGUACUUGGCAUAUAUAUUGUACUUUGUAUUGGAGGAUUUUUGUGUUGUGUGUGUGUCAACAUAUGCUGUUAAUGGAUUUCUCUUAACGUUGAGCAUUUAUCAUCAAAUUCAACUUCCUGAAAAUGGUAGACUUCAUGGGGACUAAAACAAUGAAUAAAUUUUUCCAUCGUCACUUAUAAACACAAACCAUAUGAAUGUACAGCUGUCAAAGAAUGUAUAUUUUUUAUUGCAAAAGAUGUUACAUAAAACAAAUUUUAAACUUGUU